CACAGGCACCACGCUGACCAGCAGACACCCGGUGCUCGCUGGUUUCCUAGGAAGGACAAGAUCUGGUAGACAGAUGGAAGCCAAGCAAGGAAAAGGAGAUGAGGAUGAAAACUAGGAGAGCAAGGAUGAAAGGAAAGAAGGCUGUUUGACAAACGGAGUGAUCAAAGGAGGAGAAGAAGCCAAAGCUCGGGCAGAUCUGGCCAGGUGAGAGGAAAAGAGGAGAGAAGAAGGAUGAUGCGAGGGGAGCAUGGUGAAUACCAACGUCAGUAUCACACGCUGGGUAACGCGGCCCGGCGCUUCUCCAACCCGGAUGUCGAGGCAAUGGCCAAGAUGCAUGCAGCGGAUGCCGAGAGACAGCGGGGCAAAUACCCUCCUCAGCAUGCUGCUACACUCGUCAGUGCCAACUGUUCACGCCAGCAGCAACCACACUACUGGAGCUUUAAGGCAAGGACUCCACGCGCCAGCGGUGGAGGUCAUCACUCUCUUGCUGAUCAGGGUGGAGGACGGUCGUUCUACGCCUCGGCAGAGAAUCUAGAGACCAUGGGCGACGCUGACCUUGCUCUUGGCUUCAGCCGCUCCAACCGCCUCAGACAAAGCCUGCCGCUUGCCCGGUCUCCCAGCCAGAACAAGCUCCGUCCACCAGGCGUUUUGUUCCUGCAGUUUGGCGAUGAGACACGACGUGUUCACCUCAGCCACGAGCUGAGCAGCAUGGAGACGCUGCACGCACUGAUUGUGCAUGUGUUUCCUCAGCAGCUGAACAUGAGCGUGCUCCGCUCGCCCGCCACCGCCAUCCUCAUCAAAGAUGAGGCGCGCAACGUCUUCUACGAGCUGGAUGACCCUCGCCGGAUCCACGACCGCAGCGUGCUCAAGAUCUACUGCCGAGACACCGCCUUCAACACUCACCACCACGUGCACCACGGCCACGUCACCAACGGGGACCUGAGGAGGGAGCUAGCAUACACAUCACGUGACUCGUCUCCCACUCGGCGCCUAAACGCCCACCCUUCGUCCUCCUCACCGUCCGCCUCUCCAGCCCGCCCACACUCUCGGAUUUCUUACGCAUCUGUCCGACCUUCCUCGUACGCUGGUCCGCCCCCGUCCCCUCAGCCUCACCCUUACCAGCACCAGAACCCAAACCACCCUGCCUUUUGCCCCUCCCCCAGUGCCAUCCUCGAGCGACGAGAUGUCAGACCGGACGAGGAGGCCCCGGCAUCACCAUCAAAGAGUGUGGUGCUCCUGAAAAAUGAGGCGGCGUAUGCCGACCCGUAUGCCCUCGUCCACGGUGUGGCUUCACCUCAAUCGCUUGCAUUCCGACGUGGGUCUCUGCGGUCCCUGAGCCCUUAUUCAGCUGCUGCUUUGCAUUGUGAGCUUGAUGCUGCCCUCUACAGGCCCGGUGGACCUCUCUAUGCUGAGCCUUACGGCCCGAUGGGUUUCCGAACUUUGCCACCCGCAUCACCGCAGAAGCUGGAGCCAUACAGGGGUCAUUCGGGUCGCGGAUCACCGGGAAGGCAAGGCUUCCGAAAAGAUGGCACGGUGUAUGUAGAGGGUCAUAAAGCGCGAGUCGGAGGCCCUUUGCUUGAUCAGAUGUGUGUGAUGGCUGGAGCAGGAGGUGAGGGAGUGGCACUGACGGGGUAUGAAACUGACACAAGGGAACGAAUGGAAGCCAUGGAGAAGCAGAUAGCCAGUUUGACCGGUCUGGUCCAGAGUGUUCUUACCCGGCCCCCGGACAGUCCCGACAAGGCAGAAACAGCAAGUGACUGCUCGGCGCCUGAGACCACGACUCCCUCGGCUCCUCUGGCCCUGAUGCCACCUCCCCUCACUGGAACGUCUCAGCCGAUUACAAUGUCUCGAUCCCAAAUGCACCUGCAUCUUAGUGACUUGCAACGAAGUACCACGGAGCUACGCAAGCAGCUCUCACAGUUACGCAAAAUACAGAUGCAGAACCAGGACUCGGUGCACACUUUGCUGAGGCAAGCCGAGGCCGAUUUGGGUCUUUGCCUCAUUGAAGCGUCUCGGACGCAGGAAGAUCCUCUACAACGCCAGCGCCUCCUCGUGGAGGAAGAGAGACUGCGCUAUCUCAAUGAAGAAGAACUCAUUAUACAGCAGCUACAUGAUCUAGAACGUUCAGUGGAGGAAAUGAUGACAGGGGCAGGGCUAAACCAUCGCUUGGUGACGGAACAGGAAGUGGAACAGAAAACUCAAGAGCUUCGGAAGCUUGGGGAAACACUGACCAAGCUCAAGGAUCAGUUCCCGACACUACAAAGUAAAAUGCGUGUAGUGCUGCGAGUGGAGGUCGAGGCAGUGAAGUUUCUGAAGGAAGAACCACUGAGGCUUGAUGCCUUAUUAAAACGCUGCAGAAACAUCACAGAUACACUCGCACUGCUAAGGAGGCAGGUAUCUGAAGGUCUUUGGAAAACUCCAGAAGACUUCAGCACCUGCAGUGAUGUUGACUUUACAAAAAGCUGUGAUCUGGACAUCCUGACCAGUCCCUCUCUGGCCAGUAUACCUGACUUUGCAGGCACUUUAACAGGCACUGCAGGGCUGUCAGGCACCUUGACGACCAACUCUGUCAGCAUAGGCUCUGGUGCCAGUCUGUCUAGUGCUCUUGGCACCAGUCUGGGCUCGAGUCUGAGUGGCGCUACAGGUUUAGCAGGCACUACCACCCUUGGAAGCUGGCUGGCAAGCACAGGAGUAGUGGACAGCAGCAUGCCUGAGCAGGAUGGCACCUCAGUAGGCACACCAAAGAGUCGUGGCAUGGAGGAUCUGCCUACACGGAGAGAUACGGACAAAGGCGUGUCUGUGGAAGUCCGUCUGGCAGCAGAGCGUGAUUGGGAAGAAAAGCGAGCGAGUUUAACCCAGUUUAGUGCCCAGGAUAUAAAUCGUCUCCUGGAGGAGACGCAAGCAGAACUGAUGAAGGCCAUCCCUGAUCUGGAUUUUGCAGCCAAGCAGAUCACCAAACCUGCUGUACCCCCUAAACCACAGCUCACCUCACUACCCAAACCUGCCUCACCAUCUUCGACACCAAGCUGUACACCUGAACACCAACCAGGAAAGCCACCACCUAAACCAGCUGGCAAGGAGGGCCUUCAACGAAGAGAAUCAGGGGAGUUGACGGUUCCACGGUAUCGAACAGAAAAACCCUCCAAGUCUCCACCACCUCCACCACCACGCCGCAGUUUCCCAUCAGGGCACAGAGUCACAACUAACAGCAGUGGCGAGGUUGUCAUCGUUAACAAGAGUCUUAGCAAACCUGAAAAGAAUGAAAACUGUGAGGAGUUAGAUACGGUAGUCCAAUCUCAGACUCCACCUGUUAAACUCAGACGACCUUCGACUUCUGACGGGCUCCGGCCAUGCUCCACACCACCGGUUAUUGCUGCUUCUGGGAUGAAGGAGGAUGGGGACGAGGAGGAGAAGAUUAUGGCAGAACUUGAGAACGCAAGGACUCCUCCAGGGUCGGCUAAGACGACUUCUUCGUCGUCGUCAUCUCGGUUGAAGCAGCUCCAGCAGAGCAGUUUGGAGCAGAAGAACAGGAAGCAGCGUGAGCAACAGGGCCAGCAGCAGGCAUAACCCAAAUGUUGCACUCCAUGCCCAAAAGAAAGGGAAAAAAACUUUUCUUAUUCAUAUGGAUUUUUAUUUAUUAUUUUUUUUAUUUAACUUAUCCUACUCACGUGUAGUCUAAUAUAUAGAGAGAUUUGCUCUUUUUUUCUGAGGCAUAACCCUUUUUGCAAACCAAUUCCCGUGUCCCUUUCUGGCCAAUCACAGCCUCUUUCUCUCCUCACUGGCAUGUUGGCAUUAAUUUCAGCCAAUCACUGUCCUUCGCUCUGUCCUCCCCUGAGAUCUUAUCCUAUCCAAGGUGAUUAGACCAUGACGGUGAACCGUGAGGACGACGCAUGCACCGGGACCCUGAGUAGGAUACUGAACGGCAGGCAUCAGGCACAUGUUAUAUCUAAUACAUUAGGGUAAGUUAGUAAGAGUAACUUAUGUAAUACUGUUAUCACUGUUUGUACAGUAAAACAACAUCAGCACCAUGGGGUAUUUAACCUGUAGAGCAAAUGCGUGAGCAAAUGUACGUAAUGUAUAGAGAUCAAUAACUGGGAAAUUACUGGGCAGCUCACAAGCGUAGAAAUAAAAUUUAUUUUUUAAUACAAUUUUCCUUUUUUAGUUCUGCACUGGAGCUAAAAGUUAUAGAUGUAUAGCUAACAUAACAGAGCAAAUAUAAUAUAAAACAAUUAACUACAGUAGAUAGUACUACAAGUCUAUCCCACGGCAAAGUAUUUUUCAUAAAUUAGCAUCAGACUCUUCCUGUUCGACGUUAAUAAGCUACGUACUGUAAUGACAUCAUCAAGGCGCUACUCCUUUUACUACAGAAUAAAGCACGAGGAAUAAUAAUAAUCAGCUACGGUAACUCAUUAAAGUUAAUAGUCAAUUUACACAGCAGUUUGUUUAACAAACACUGUAAGUUAUAAAAUGUUACUAAUGUUUACUCAACCACCAGAUAGCUUAAUUCUUACUAUUUAUUGUAUAGACUUCCAUUCAUUGUAUUGCCUUUUAGCUUCAGUGCACGACUGAAGGUGAAGACAUCUUGGCUAAUUAUAUUUGGUGAUUAAACGGUAGAAUUGAUGAGGUGAGGUAAAUUUUUUUUUUUUUUGUUUUUUUUUCCCGCCACACUAUAUAGUACCUCCAAUCGAACAGAAGAGUAACAAAUACGUAUAUAGCACUUACACAGAGACCUCAGUAUACACAAAAUGCAGAUCAUAUACAAAUUAGAAACUAACUGUGAUAACUGUGACUAAUUUAGAUGUAUUUACUACCAAAAUUGUGUUUAUGAAUUAUGCCUAUAUAGUGUGAUUUGUAUGAUUAGAAUCUUUUGUAUUUUUAUAUUUUUGAAUGAUGGAGCGCACUGAAAGUCUGAAAAUUAUGAAUAAUCAAAAGUUUCAAAAAGGAAAGAAAGGAAAAAAGAUAACCUAACAAGUGAUGUGCUCUUAUUUUCGGGAAAAGUGUUAAAGAAAGUUAUAUUCAAUUAGAGUUCAUCUUAAAAAUAUAUUCUCAUGAAUCUAAUCAAGAAUAAGAAAAGAUUGCA